AUCGAAAUUUUGUCGAAGAAGAAAGUUAGAAACGUUGCUCUUUUCUCGCUUGUUCGAAAAAACAGCUUAACAGAGAGAGAGAGAGAGAGAGGACAAAAGCGAGGGUUUUAUGAAGAGAGAGAAACUGAGAGGGAAUUAGAAAUCGAAGUUCUAGAGAGAGAAACCACAAAUCACCGAUUGAAGAGAGAGAGAGAGAAAGUCUUUUUAGUCUUAGAGAGAGAAAGAGAGAGAGAGAGAGAGAGUUGAGCUUGGUUUCGCAGGCUGAGUCAGAGCUAGGGUUUCGAAUUCAAUUGACGAAAAGGUUUUUGUAAACAUUAUCCUGAAAUUCUGUAGCAUUUUCCAAUGGGAGGAAAAGUACCAGCAUGUCACAUGAACUUCUUUGAUGCCUGGAAACUUUGUAUUUGAAGCAGUAUGACGCUUGAGGAUUUUUUUACCUUGACUGAGAUGAAAGAUGGGCUCACAGCCCCAUCUCGAGUUGAGGAGCUGCUCAAUGUAAUGCAGAAGGACAAAGAUUUUGUUUUGAAAAAUGUUGGUGAUGCAACCAGGCAGUGGGCUGCAGUUGCAAGCACUAUUGCUGCCACAGAGAAUAAAGAUUGUCUUGAUCUUUUUAUACAAUUAGAUGGACUUUGGUUUAUUGAUAGAUGGUUGAAGGAUGCUGAAAAUUUUGGUAAUGAAACAAGUGAGAGUUUUGCAGAAGAGUCAAUCACUGCUCUGCUACGAGCACUUGAAAAGUUGCAAAUAGACAAUGAGAGAUCAAUAUCUUCAGGGAUUUGGAUUACUGUCAAGAAUCUUCUUGGCCACAAUAGCUCUAAGGUUCAGGAAGGGGCAAGAAUGUUGUUUGAUAGGUGGAAGCAGGGUAAGGAUUGUGAUGCAAUUCACCAGGAUGUUCAGGAUGGGAAUAGAAGGCUUGCUGGAGAGGAAGGUGGGCAAUCUGCUUCUGAAAAUCCUAAUUCAGAAAGUGCUAAGGAAGAAAAUGAUGUGUUAGAACCUGCCAGAGAUGAAAUCUUGCCCUUGAGAAGAUCAGAUGAUCUUCAGCCAGAAAGGACUGAAGAUGUACAGAUUCCAAAUCAUAAUGAUCAGCCUGGCUCCCACAUAACAGCUGACCAUGAGGACACCAAAGAUGGACCUUCAAACCCUUUGGCCUCUACUUUUUCAAACUCUUUGCGAGAUAACCCUUCUAUCAAAGAAGAAUCCCCCGUAUGUGCUGCAGAUGGAGCAACUUCUACUGAGACUGGUAGUGUUGCAGUUACAAAGCAAGGCAGUGAUGAGAUAAUUUCCGAUGUUCUCAAGUUGAAUGAAUCAAUUAAAAUUGAGAAGCAAGUGCAUGAAGCUGACAAUUCUUCGGGCAAGUUGGAUAUGGCCGAGAUUUCUUCUGCAUCUGAUGCAUUGGAAUCUGGAGCUGCUUGUACUGGUGAUGAUGCUGUAAAUGCGCAGAAGAUUGUGAGGGAGCCUGCUUUACAGAAUAGUGUCGAUGCUAAUGAGAGGGAUGUCUGCGGGAAAACCACCACUCUUGAUGAUGUGAGGGUACCUGCAUCUGAUUUUAAGACCAGGUUAGAUGAUAUGAGAACUCUAAAUCGUUGCAGUGGAAAUGAGUUCAAGACUACUGGUCAAGAUGGUGAUUGUUGUACUAAUGCUUUGCUAGACUUGUCCACCAAUGGGAGUAUAUUGGGAAAGCCUGAGAAAUUAGACUCUACUUUGUCCAGGAUGGAAGACAUUGGAGAAGCUAAUGAAGAUAAGGGGCAUAGCAGUGAUGAGGGUGAUGAUUUGACAAACGCUUCUGAUUUUUCUAAGCCAGCAAGGGAUACUAAAACCCCUGUUGUGAUUGACAAGAGAAGGUCUGAUAGUGAACUUGAGUAUGGCAUAGUUGAUGCAAUAGAAGUCGCUCGGCAAGUUGCUCAAGAAGUAGAAAGAGAAGUGGUGGAUUAUAGGGAACCAUUCUGCAGCUCCUCUUCUGAGAAAAUCUUUAAAGGUGGAAUCAGGCAGCCAGGUAGCCCAGAUUCUAUAAAUGGAAAGCAGGACCUACCUGCCAAGGUGCCACAAGAGGAGGCAACUGGAAAAAGUCACUCUACUGAGACAAAUCCUGAUGGGGAGGGAGGCUCAAUUAAUUCAGAUAAUCUGGACAAUGAACCAGAAAAUUCCGCACAUGAUAUGGAGUCAUCUCUGGUGACUGAGGCAGCUCAAGAACUAGAGGUUAACACAGAGAAAGGCCCUUGUGAUUUUGAUCUGAAUCAAGAAGUCUGCUCUGAUGAAAUGGAUUCUCCAAUGAACCCCUCUGCACCCUCUGCUUCAAGGCCAUCAGCAGCUCAAGAAUUGCCUAUGGUGCCUUUGCAGUUUGGAGGGACUCUUGGAUGGAAAGGAUGUGCUGCUACUAGUGCUUUCCGCCCAGCAUCUCCUCGUAGAAUUCCUGAUGGUGAUAAGACUCCUGUUACAGGAACCCGUGAUAGUUCAAAGCAGAGGCUGGAUUUCCUUGACUUUGAUUUGAAUGUAGCCGAGGGUGGAGAUGAGUUGGGAAAACAAAUUCCCCCAUCAUCUGGCCUUCCUUCUGGGGAAUCUUCUGUUGAAGUCAGCCCAAUGAGAUCUGGGAGGCUGAAGUUGGAUUUGAACUGUCUUGGUGAUGAUGGUGAUGCUCCAACACUGGAUUCAAAGAUGGGAGAACAGCUCUUUAACAGCCGGAAUAGCCAUCGUAGCCCAUCUCCUGCCUCCUCCUCGUCAUCAAUGCAGCCUUCUUUGAGGAACAUUGAUUUGAAUGACAGACCUUAUAUCCAAAAUGAUGCUUCAGAUCACGGGAAUAUUAAGUCUUCCCAAUUUGUAAAUGCAUAUGGAGGACCUAAACCAGAUGCUCCUGUUAUUUCUAUCAUGGGCACCAGAGUGGAAGUCAAUAGAAAAGAUUUUCUUUCUCAAUCAUUGUCCUUGCCAAAUGGCAAGAAUAUGGAGCCUACAGUGGAUGCUAGCAUGACAAGAGCAGGGGGUGGUUUAGGGCUGGCUCCCACAAUGUCCUAUACUCAUUCUUCUGUUUUUGGUUACAAUGGGCUGACAACAGGGACUGCCAUGUCUUUCUCUUCAGCCAUGUAUCCUUCUGGCUCAAUGCAAUAUAUGGUGGAUUCUAGAGGGAGCCCUGUUGUCUUGGGGUCUGCACCAGCUGUUCCACCUUCCUACUCUCAGCCACCGUUCAUGGUGAGCAUUGGUGGUGUACAAUCAGGUCUAAAUAAUCCCGGUCCAUCCCGUCCAAAUUUUGAUCUAAAUUCAGGAUUCAUGAUGGAGGGAGGGCAUAGAGACUCAGGGAAUUUGAGGCAGCUUUUCCUUCCUGGUCAAGGCAGGUCUGUGGAGGAGCAUACGAGGACGAACUUACAACCCUCUUCAAGCUCUGGGGUUGGAGGGAAAAGGAAGGAACCUGAUAGUGGAUGGGAAUCCUAUCCGUUUAACUACAAACAUCAGCAACCUCCAUGGAAAUAGUCAAUGUUUUAUUUAUCUACGGUUCCUCCUCUCUUUGGAUCAGUUCAUAAAUCCAACCAAGUGAAUUGAUGCUUACGUUACCUAAAAUUAUCCAGAAUGGUAGGUCAGCCCAUUGGCUUUAGUGGGAGGGGAAUUAUUAACUGAAUAAAGCUGAGGGCAUUGUGGAUGUAAUGUGAUUCUUGUGAUUAAUUGCUGAAGGGAAAAAAAAUUAGGUUUAUUGUUUUAAUUUUGAUUUACUUUGAAUCUCCUUUUCUGGGUUUCAAUGGCCAUUGCAAUCAUAGAAAGCUUGGUACAUGUAGCUGUAAUUUCUCUUCCUUAUAUAUCACAGAAAUUUAUAGGAA